GGCAUCCACAGGUUUAAAGGUACCAUCCGGCUGCUCUUUGAAUUCGGCUAGGACCACCUUCGUCCCUCCCUCCAACCAGCGAACCAGGGCAAACUUGUCGAACCCGAUUUUGUAGACGGGCAGUCCCUGUUCAGUAAAGGCGUAGCGGGCAUGCUUGCCGGUAAGAACGGAUGCGCUGUUGCUGCUGCUGCUGGCGAUGUCGGAUUUCUUUUGGCGCUUGAUAGGUUCCAGCUGCGUCCGGUCUUUGGAGAUCUUCAUGGUGAUCUUGCGCUUAGGAUUCUUUCGGGCCGGGGUCGAGGUCGACGGGAUAUCAGCAAGAAAUUCCAUUAUUGAAAAAUGUUGUUAAAACAAAAGGUCACCAGCGAUUUUCAAAGUUAGAUCAGAAAAGGAAAACAAAACUGAAAACUGUUUUUCAGGGCUCUGGCUGUAGACUGAUUUUAUACUGAUAAGUGGUUAAAGCUCAUCCACCAAAUCGUUAGGCUAGCACUGUGUAAGUUAGCCACUGCAGUGUGUACGUUAGCCACUGCGUCGGUUAGCUACACCAUUGCGUAUGUUAGCCACUGCGUCGGCUAGCUACACCAUUGUGUAGGUUAGCCACAAGAGCACUGCCAAUACACUUCAAAUACGAGCUACAGCAAAAUCAGUUGUCACAUUUGGAUUUGAUGUUCACUUGUCUUAUUAGAGUGCUGUCAAAAUGGCUGUUCCCUGUGUUGUUGAUGCUAAAUAUGUUGAGAUUCAAAAUGUUAAAGUGUUUAAGCAUUUUGCUAUUAUUUGUCCUGAGAAAGGCAAGAGUAUGUUCGCGACAGUUUUCCAUCCAUCUAAGAAAUACAUUGUUGAAGAAUAUGGAUUACGUAAUGUGAACAAGGGUGUUAUAUUUGGCAUGCAAUUGUCAGAAAAUAUCCGCAGCCUGCGUAAUACGAUCGAUACCUGGUACUCUGUUAUGUUUGACGAUUUCGGUGACGAACACGAUUGUGGUCUUCCUCAUUGUAAGGGCGAGCGUCAGUACGAUGUGCAGUUUUAUGCAAAGGGUGCAGACAAGUGUGCCGUCCUAGCCAGCAUUCUGAAGCCAGCGACCGUUCUCAACCUGGACGAUUUGAAGUGUCCAUCGUUUUGCCAGCUGUCCAGUGAACGUCCAGACAAGUGGAAUAAGCCUGUUGCGUACGCCAGAUGGUUGGAGGGGUACCUGAACCAGAAGACCUGCACGACCUGCAUGAGAGAGCGACCGGAUACCAAGAAAGAGCUGACCCAAGAUGAAUGCGAAUGCGGAACCGUCCACUGGAUCGACUGUCAAGGUGACCAAUGUUGUGGCGACUGCGGAGCUAAACUGCAUCUUGGACCUCGCUCAGUUGGAGAAGACACUGUCGAUGGCCCAGUACCUACCGCAUAGAUUUUCCGGUUUACUCCUCCGGACACUGCAUCCCAUUAAAGGUCACUGUCAACUAUAUGCUAAUGGCCGGAUUACAGUCAACGGCGGCACAUCUAGACGGGAGUCCUGCGCUCUCUUGCAUUAUUUUACUAGUGUAUUACGUCAGUAUGGUUAUCGCUGUAUGGUUACAAAUUAUCGUAUUGUUAAUGUAAUUGGUUCCUUUAACUUUGGUCAGAAGUUAAAUCUGGAAAGUAUUAGUAAUCGCCUGCAGUUAUCCUAUACUCCUGAAUUAUUUACUGGUUUGCCUAUUCGCUUAUCCGCAUGCACUGCUGUUCUUUUUCAUUCGGGGAAAUGUAAUUUUCUGGGCGCAAAGUCUGUGGAGUGCUUGAAUGCAGCGUUAACGGAAUUAAAAUCAAAGCUGUGAACAACCGUCGCUUCGCUCGCCCUGUGUUGGUACCAGUACGAUCGUUCACCUAGUACACUGCACUCAAAAGCAACUUACAAAUCGAUAAGCCAGCUCGUGCUGACUUGGUUGAUAGAGAUGACUCUAGUACGAAAACGAAGAUAAUAGUUUUCCCAACUUAGUUCCCAAAGCCAACUUUGAAAAGUUUGUUCUGCAGAACUCAGACCUUUUGGAGAAGCAAAAAUGCAAUGGUAGAUUCAAAAGUGUUUCCUGUGAUGUGAUUGGUCCAGCAGCUAACUGGAACCAGCCAAUCACGAUUUUUCUGUCC